CUUCCCUCGAAACCUCCCCUCCAAUCCCCCCUCAAUUCUCAAAACGCUAGCCUCGUUCCAUCACCCAACCCUAGAUCUGCACCCCCCUCGCCUCCUCAGAUUCAAGAUCGAGGGAUCAAUUCGUGAAGUUUGUGGGGGGAGCUCAAACCCUAGGCUCGUUUCAACACCCGCUCCCAGAUCUGGACCUACCGUCGGUUGAAAUUUGUUCCAUUAAAUUCUAGAUCUUAGAGAGAAGUCGAGAUGCAUUCGAGGUCGGCGCAGUCGUCGUAUAGAGAUCGGACGCAGGAGUUUCAGACGGCGACGGAGAGACUGAAGAAGUCGAUCCCCUCUCAUCAACCGGACGCGCAGUUUGGCAACUCCGCUGUGAACGCGGCCGAGGGGCCGAAGUCGUCGGGGGUCUCGGUUCACUCCGAAUUCAACAAGAGAGCUUCCAAGAUUGGUCUUGGGAUCCAUCAGACCUCCCAAAAGCUCGCCAAACUGGCGAAAUUGGCAAAGAGAACAUCGGUUUUUGAUGAUCCAACUGUUGAGAUACAGGAACUUACAGCAGUCAUUAAGCAAGAUAUUACAGCUUUAAAUUCUGCAGUUGUAGAUCUGCAACUUCUCUGUAAUUCGCAGAAUGAAACUGGCAAUAUAUCCAAUGACACUACCAGCCAUUCAACUACUGUGGUUGAUAAUUUGAAGAACCGUUUGAUGAGUGCAACGAAGGAGUUCAAAGAAGUCCUAACCAUGCGGACAGAGAACAUGAAGGUUCAUGAGAACAGAAGACAACUGUUUUCAUCUUCAGCAACAAAAGAUUCUACAAAUCCUUUCAUUAGGCAACGUCCUUUGGUUUCGAGGGGAUCUGCUGACUCAACUGCACCACCAGCACCCUGGGCAAAUGACUCAGCUUCUUCUUCUUCUUCUCAGUUGUUUCCCCCUAGGAAAAAGGGCAAUGGUGAUACACAGCCUUUGCUGCCGGGUCAUCAUCAGCAGCAGCAGCAGCAACAGCAAAUGGUUCCAGUACAGGAUACUUACAUGCAGAGCAGAGCCGAGGCUCUUCAAAAUGUUGAAUCAACCAUUCAUGAGCUCAGCAAUAUCUUUACACAACUGGCUACCAUGGUUUCCCAGCAAGGAGAGCUUGCCAUCAGGAUUGACGAGAAUAUGGAUGACACAUUAGCGAACGUGGAGGGAGCACAGGGCCAACUGCUGAAGUACCUGAACGGCAUAUCCUCUAACCGAUGGCUGAUGAUUAAGAUAUUCUUUGUACUCAUGGUUUUCCUUAUGAUUUUUCUAUUUUUUGUCGCAUAAUUUGUUUACAAGGUCAACGCCGUAAAGUUUCUACUGUCUGUAAUCCAUACAUAGUAAUUUUCUUUUGUCAAUAUUGUUUCCCAUGUCCACGCUUGUGGGGUUAAUAAAGCAGCUUGAUGAAUUGUUUGUUAUGCGUUUA